AUGGCGUACAACCGGCCCUACGACCCAGAUGCUCUCCCCAGAUUUGCUGAGCCUGACCAAGCAGUUAACCAAAGCUUUGUUUUGCGCUUCUUUUUGCAGAAACCAGGCCAAGCGCCCUCUCCGCACCCUGGAGCGCCUCCGCAGCAGAGAUACGACCGCCCUCCGCAGCCGCAGUAUCAGCAGCAGCAGCCGCAAUACCAACAGCACCAACAGCCUCCCCCCCAGCACCAGUACGACCACCCGCCGCGGCGUGAUACGGCGGGACAUGGCCCAGGGCCGUACGAUCACCCGCCUCGGCGCGAUACUGCGGGACAUGGUCAACAAGGGCAGCCAAGAUACGAUCAGCAGCGACAUGACACAAGGUCGCCAAUCACCCACCCAGGCGCGUACGGGCUUGGAUCACCGCCUCCUGUGGCCGCUGCUCAGCGCCCGGUAGCGCAGCAUCACCCUGCUGCUACCUCUCGACCGCCCCCUUCGCCGUCCAACGACGCGAAUGGUGCUGACCCGACGCUGCUGCCACUGUUUAGGGCUGUGGACAAGGAUGGAACCGGUCACCUAUCCGAAAAGGAGCUCUCGGCGGCCCUUGUCAACGGCGAUUGGACCGCCUUCGACAUCCAGACUGUCCGCAUGAUGAUUCGCAUGUUCGACUCGGACCGCAGCGGCACAAUUGGCUUCCAGGAAUUCUGUGGCCUCUGGUCCUUCCUCGCCUCGUGGCGCACCCUCUUCGACCGCUUCGACGUCGACCGCAGCGGCAAUAUCUCUCUGCCCGAGUUCACCGAUGCCCUCAUCGCAUUCCGCUACCGACUCAGCCCGCAGUUUGUCGAGCUGCUGUUCCGUACUUACGAUAAGCGCGGUGAGGGCGUCAUGAGCUUCGACCUGUUUGUUCAGGCGUGCAUCUCGCUGAAGCGUAUGACGGAUGUGUUUAAGAGAUACGACGAUGACAGGGAUGGCUACAUUACUUUGAGCUUUGAGGAUUUCCUGAGCGAGAUUUUGAAGCAGAUGAAAUGA